GUUUCCACAUUGUGGCGCUUGGGAGCCCCUAUGGCCUCCUCCACGGUGCGCCUUCGCGCCUCAGCACCCUCCUUCACCGCCCACUCUGCCGCUAAUCCCCAAGCCGAGCUCUCGUCUUCGUCCCUGGUUCCGAUUCGUCAGCGGCGCCCACAGCUCACCCGCCCUUCUGUGACAGAGACCUUCUCUGUCGCCCCAACGCAUCUUAGCUCUGCGAAAGUUGUGGGUUCUCUGCCGCAGGGGGCUGGGGUGCCCCCUGCCAAACGUGGGUCCCGGGCCCCCCAGGCGGUGGCCACAGAGGCGGCCCCUGCAGUAGCGGAAGCAACGGCGUUCCACGCAAAAGAUGAUGGGUUCCUUUACUGUGAUGAUCGGAAGGUUGUUGAUGUAAUGGAGGAGGUGCCAGAGAAGCGGCCCUUCUAUUUGUACAGCAAGCGCCAGCUCACAAAGAAUUACAAGGCAUAUGAGGCUGCCUUGUCUGGGCUGGACUCGUUCAUCGGGUAUGCCAUCAAGGCCAACAACAACUUGAAGAUCCUGCAACACCUGCAGCAGCUGGGCAGCGGGGCCGUGCUGGUCAGUGGAAACGAGCUGCAGCUAGCGCUCAAGGCGGGCUUCGACCCCACCCGGUGUAUCUUCAACGGCAACGGCAAGCUGGUAGAGGAGUUGGUGCUGGCUGCGCGCGCGGGCGUGCUGGUCAACGUGGACUCCGAGUUUGACUUGGAGCACAUCACGCAGGCCGGCAAGAUUGCGGGGAAGACCGUCAAGGUUCUCUUCCGGAUCAAUCCGGACGUCGACCCUCAGGUGCACCCGUACGUGUCGACGGGCAACAAGAACUCCAAGUUCGGCAUCCGCAAUGAGAAGCUGCAGUGGUUCCUGGACGAGGUGCGCGCGCGGCCGGAGCUCGAGCUGGUCGGCAUUCACUGCCACCUCGGGUCCACCAUCACCAAGGUGAAUGUGUUCAAGGACGCCGCGGUUCUGAUGGUCGAAUACGCAGAGGAGAUCCGGCGGCAGGGCUUCACACUGCGCUACCUCAACAUUGGGGGCGGCCUGGGCAUCGACUACAAGCGGGAGGGGGCCAUUCUGCCCUCGCCCACUGACCUCAUUGACACGGUGCGCGAUCUAGUGAAGCGGGAAAAGCUGACGCUGAUCAUCGAGCCGGGGCGGAGCAUGGUGGGCAACACGUGCGCGCUGGUGAACCGGGUGACGGGCGUCAAGAGCAACGGCAACAAAAACUUUGUGGUCGUGGACGGCUCCAUGUCGGAGCUCAUCCGGCCCAGCCUCUACGACGCAUAUCAGCACAUUGAGCUGGUGUCGCCGUGCUCGGGCCCCGUGGACACGUUUGACGUGGUGGGCCCCGUGUGCGAGUCAGCGGACUUCCUGGGGAAGGCCCGCCAGCUGCCCACGCCGCCUGAGGGGGCGGGCCUGGUCGUGCAUGACUCGGGUGCGUACUGCAUGGCGAUGGCGUCCACGUAUAACCUGCGCAUGCGGCCGCCAGAGUACUGGGUUGACGAGGCGGGGCAGCUGCAGAAGAUCCGGCAUGCCGAGACGCUGGAUGACCACCUGCGGGCCUUCGAGGGGCUCUGAUCCCCCGGAGUGCUUCGGAAGGGGCUGCGUGUUGCGUCCGUCACGCUCUUGUCUGUCGCUGAAACGUCAUUCUUUCACCAGUGAUACUAAGUAUCAGAUUCACUGCACCUGCGAACGUGCAAAUAACAGGGAUAGUGCAACAGUAGCUAGGUAAGAUGGUGGGAGUGCGUGAGCUGGGCACGGACAGGUUGAAGGCAAGCCGUCUUGGUACCUCUCGCUCAAGCAAAGGAACACACUGAGAUCUGUUCGUUACAUAGAAAGCU